AAAAGUGUACCUGCGCUCUAAUCAGCUACUGAAAUUCGUUUUGUAGUCCGUCGGCUGAGCAGUUUGGACUAUUUACCUGGCACAAACAUCACCUCCCAUCUUGACAAAGACACCUAGCUGUGUCUUAACCUACUGGACUGGGUGAAUUUUUCGAAGAAGACUUCGUAAACUCCGAGUAGCGGAAGACGGCGGAAGGUGUAAGCAGAAGCGGGUAAAUGUAGUGGGAAACUCCACGGAAACCUGCACAGGUACAAAAAGUUUGGAGUCCAGAGGUGUGCGUAUAGAGCCAAGAACUUGGGUUGGUUUUUCCAAACUGAGGAAAAGCAUUUGAAGACGCCAUCCAAGAAGGACUUUACAGUUAAUGUGUAUUUUAAAGCAGUUCCAAAAGUAGGUCGGUGUUUAAAAAAAACUGCUGUUUAAUUUUUGAGAGAUAGCGGGAAGGACCUCGGGAAUAGACCAUGCCACGAGCUUUCCUAGUGAAGAAAACGGGAAAUUCACCCGGCAAGAGAAACUGGAGCGAUCUGCCAGAUCAUGAACGCGGUGACAUUUAUAUUCCAGUCUCCAUGUCUCCCGUUGCUCUUCGAGAGGAGACGGAAGCAAGUCCGGCGGAGGUGGCGCUGUGCCUGUCCACGCGCAAGGACCACAGCAUGUACACGUACAACCAGAUGUACACCAAUGACCCCGGUGCGGUGGUUCCUGCUGCUGAGCUCCCAUCAUGCACUGCUCUGGGCCAGAGUCCAGAGACAGAGCACAUCCGAAGCACACACGACAAUACGUAUGUGCGCACUAAAAUAAAGGUCACUACAGGUGAGCUUCCCAAAGAGGUUUCACCUAUUGUUCCUAGUUUAACUGCAAGUCCACCUGCUUCUAUAGUGACACCUUGCUCCCCUCCUGCCGCUAAGUCACCUCCGGCGCAGUCGAGCGGUGGCACUUAUGUUUGCCAGGUGUGUCAAAAAGUUUUCCAGUUUCAGCGGAUGCUUAACAGACACCUGAAAUGUCACAGCGAGCAGAAGAGACACUUGUGUGACUUUUGCGGGAAGGGAUUUAACGACACCUUCGAUCUCAAAAGGCACGUCCGCACACACACAGGAGUUCGUCCAUACAAGUGCAAUCUCUGUGAGAAGGCCUUCACUCAGCGCUGCUCUCUGGAGUCCCACAUGAAGAAGAUUCACGGUGUCAUGCAACAGUACGCUUACAAGGAGCGCCGCAGCAAGCUGUACGUCUGUGAAGAGUGCGGCCAUACGGCUUCAACCCAGGAUGCAUUGGUGCGCCACCUCCACACCGAACAUCCAAACAGUGUCCUCCUACGGGCCAAGGGGGCACGAAGACACUCACCACUGCUGAAUGCUAUGAGAGAUGACACCUCCCAACCUGGUUCUCCUCUCUCUCAUAAUAGUGAUGACACUAUAGGGUCAGGAGGAAGGUAGAGCAAGAGAGUUUCCUAAAAAAAUAUUUUUAUAUACAUAAAGGGAUGCAAUUAAUGUGCAUUCUAAUGAUUUAGAAAAUGUAAAAAAGGGAAAGUGAAGUCAUGCAAAAUGCUUUUAAUGGCAGUACGCUGAGAUUCAGUUUACACUUUUGCUGCAGAAUCAGGCUGUACCUUUCCCUGUGAGACACACAAAAGCAGACGAUAACGUCUACGGCAUAUGGAUGCACUACUUCAGUUUACAUAAUAAUAUUAUUAUUAUUAAGAUAGAUGAGAUAAAACAACUCAGGAGACAUACACGGAUGAAUGUGACAUUCAGUGGUUCCAUUUGAACUGUGUGGGACAAUGAUUUUAUGUAGCAAUGUUUCAACGCUAAAAAAUACUUUUGUGAACUGUGCGGCAGCUGAUAGUUACAUAUCAGUGGUCUCUGAAUGUUUGAAAAAGGGAUUUUGAAAGAAAACUAAUUUUGUGUUGCUGAUUUACUACUGUAUGUAAUAUAUACUUGCAUAAAUUUAUCAUAAAAGAUUUAUAUUUAUCCUGGUGUAGUUUUUAUAUUUUCCUGGGUAUGUUUUGCUAGUUUUUAUACAUUUACUUACAUUUUCACAUGUAAUAGCCUUUCUGUAACACAUGUGUUUUUUGGGAUGCAUUAUGUUUUGUACUUUUUAUAUUCAAAGGCAUCAUAAAUGUGAUAACAUUUUAAUUUCGUGUCACUGUUAGAUAAAUUAAGUAGGCGCUGUGGCAAUCUAUAACAACACACCUCCACAAUAAAU